GAUGUCGCUUCCGCGAUCGUUGGAAUGACGCCUCCCUUCGCCGGCGACACGCGGCGUCGGCAGUGACCGGCUGGUGUCCGUGGUCGGGCCGAAGCGAGGUUGAAAACGCGGUAGACGCGUGAGGACGAGACAAGGAUUGGAAGGAGAGUGUAAGCGAGAGCUGAAGGCGUGUACAGGCUGUUGCAUCGUAUACGUUGACUGUCGUGCCACGCCGCAUCGCGACGCACCACUCCCCCUUCCAUCCCUGCGUUUUCGCCAUUACUCGCUGCGUUUCUCGCUCUCUCUUCUACCGCGGUUGACAGCGGUCCCAUCCAAUCGACUGAUCGCCUCUUCGCACGCGGUUGGAAGAAGAAAGCCUACCCUUGCUUACGCUCUUAUUCCCCAAAGGCCCACUCUCUUUUUCCAUGUCAACGACACGCGUGCUCCUGCCAAGGCCAGCAGCGAGUUACGCCCCCCACGUCAUUGCCGUCGCCGUUAUUCUCGUAAAAUUCGGAUUGUGCACGUCGCAUUCGUGUCGCUGGAGGAUCUCGACGGGAGCCGCCGACGGUAUCGGACGUAAAGAGUCGCGGCGGAGGAGGACGUACGAUCAGGUCGGCGGCGUCGCUCCUGCUAGCCUGAGAUGAGCGACCAUGGCUGCAUACAUUUGAAUAAUUUUAAAGCAGCCAAAGGUAUUCAGCCGUACAAAGUGAUACACUCGUAUUUUGUGACCAGUACAUCGACCGAGGCGCGCGUCAGGAAGGCUGUGAGCUGUUUAUGUCACACAUGUAAAACUUAUAAGGAUCGCCUACAUUCUUGUCUUCAUUGCAUAUUUUUUGGCUGCUACGUAAAAGGUCACAUACAAGAACAUGCGAAAACGAAGAAACAUUUUCUAGCUGUUGAUCUGUGUUAUGGGAAUAUUCUGUGCUUCCAAUGCGGCGACUAUGUAUACGAUAGAGAAUUGUUAACAGUGGCGAAAGCGCAAUGGAGCGAGUCGGCAAAAUCCUUGAGCUUCGGAGAAUUCUAUCGUACGUGGGAACCCACGCAGAUAGAGGCGGAGUUGCUGCGAAAACAUCCGCGCCGAAGACGCGUUGUAGAAAAUUCCACUAUAGGUUUAAGGGGACUGAUCAAUCUCGGAAAUACCUGUUUCGUAAACUGCAUCGUACAGGCACUGAUUCACACUCCACUGUUACGAGACUACUUCCUUGCUGACCGUCACCACUGCCCGCAACCGAGUCGCUGUCUGGUCUGCGAGGUAUCCCAUUUGUUCCAGGAGUUCUAUUCCGGCAACAAGGCCCCGCUGACACUUCACAAACUUCUCCAUCUGAUUUGGACCCACGUCAGACAUCUGGCAGGUUACGAACAGCAGGACGCCCACGAAUUCUUCAUUGCUACACUGGACGUCCUCCACAGACACUGCGAAGCUGCUCCGAUACUAGUUAAAGACAACCCUCAUCAUUGCAAAUGUAUCAUCGAUCAGAUAUUUACCGGGUGCCUUCAAAGCGAUGUUGUUUGUCAGGCUUGCAAUGGUGUGUCUACCACAAUAGAUCCAUUUUGGGACAUAUCUUUGGAUCUAACUUCAGCAGCUGGUGCCUCUGGUUCUGAUACGCCCGGGUCACCCACUUCCUUGCUAGAUUGUCUGGAAAAAUUUACCAGAGCUGAACAUCUAGGUUCUAGUGCAAAGAUCAAAUGUAGCAACUGCGAGACUUAUCAAGAGAGCACAAAGCAGUUAACGAUGAAGCAAUUGCCGAUCGUGGCAAUUUUUCACCUAAAGCGUUUCGAGCACUUCAUCAUCCAAGAUAAGAUUUUUAAGAAGAAAAUCUCCACAUUUAUCUCGUUUCCAGAACAAUUAGAUAUGACGCCGUUCAUGUCGCAUAGGCGCAACGGUAACAACAAUAGCGCCAUGCUAGAUAGCUUGUCGAAGAAUGGAGAGGAUAUGAGCUUCAGUGACAACAGUAUGAUUAUUAAUAAUAGGUACUCUCUAUUCGCCGUAAUAAAUCACGAAGGUUCCUUAGAGACUGGACAUUAUACUGCUUUUAUCAGACAACAGAGAGAUCAAUGGUUCAAAUGCAAUGAUCAUUUGAUUACACGAGCCAAGUUGAAGGAUGUCUUGACCAGCGAAGGAUAUCUCCUAUUUUAUCACAAGCAAAUUUUGGAGUACGGUUAAAACGAUACAAGUCUGAAAGGAAAGAGAGAAUGUGAAUCAAGUGUAAUUAAUUUAUUUAACAAAAAGUUAAAAAUCGCUGCUGAAGCUGGACGUCGGUGACAUUUUAUGUUUGCCAGAUAUAAAUUAUUGUCAUCGUCGCCUUUUGGUUUCCGCCGGCGCCUUUUAUGUUCGAUGGGUUACGUUGACUGACUUGCCCUAUCGACAUCUAUGAACGUACUGUAAGAACAUAGAUUAAGAUUAGCUCAAUUUUUUAAAUCAACCGAUUGCAAUUUUUGUAUAUCGCUGACUGUUGUUAUACUCCUACCCUUGACAUACACACACACACACACACAUACACACUCAGAAAUAUGCAUUGUAUACACCUUACGUCUAGGGAUGGACCUCGUAUGUAUUGUCCUCUUAAUUUUUGCCAACGAAAUGUUGAUCCGAUCUCUGAAAAAAGCACUUCAUCACGGCAUACGUGUGGUAUCGAGUUAUACGAUUUGUCAAACCUCAGAUCAUCUAAUAUAUCAUUAAUCAAUCUUUAUUCACCAUAAAAUAGAAUUUUUAUAAUGUUUUAUAUUUACAAAUUAGACUGCUAUAUAAUUACAGACAAUUAAUGUUACCAAUUUAAGUAAAAUUUCAGAAAGACAAAUAGAUUCCUCUUCGGUAAUGCAAAGAGUAAAACUUCACUAUCAUGAAAUUCAAUAUUUCAUAAAAAAUGAUAUUUUUCCGUACGCGCUAUACAUAAUAUAAUUUAUUUAAUACGACCAUCCCUAGGCGACUUUGUACAGAUGAAAUAACAUAUUACAUUAAGUAUGAAAACAUUGAGUUGAGACAAACUCUUUCACUAGACUUUGUAUAAUAAAAAUCGCUGCUCGACAAAC